AUGCCAAACUCGCUCUGCAAGUGCCGACAUGGUCCCUCCAGGUGGCUCUCGUCCAACCCCAUCACCCCCAGCAUCUGCAAGCUCGUCCUCGGUAAACACACCGACCGAGAGAUCUCCCUCGCCAUGGAGCAUUUCGCCCAGGUCGGCCAGUGCCAGUGCGGCAAGCAGGUCAUCCUCUGCAAGUACUGCCCCUUGACGGGCGACAUGCUGGCGGAGAGAGCUCCCAAGCACAUCGGGCAGAGGCUGCCCAACCCCAUCACCUUCGACAACAGAGCCACCAGGCAUGUCGUCGAGUCGCACUCCAGCGGGGUCUACCACAGGUACUGGAAGGCCCUGCACGACGAGAUGCUGUCGGAGGAGAAGAUGCUGUCGGAGGGCGCCUGGAGGGGAGGGGGGGCUGAUGGGAUGGACCCGCUUGCGUCGUCGCCGGUGUCAAGCUGCGUGACGGGCUUCGGGGCUCAAGACGCAGCUCAAGGCAGCAGCACGGCCAUCGUCAUUGGCCAGCACAAGCUGAGCUCUGAAGACAUGUGGUUCCACACCAAGGCUGAGAUCCUGCGACAACAGAACCUCAACACUGCCGUGGACCCGUCAUGGAGGCCUUUCCCUGCUGCCCAGCAGCACGACAGCCUGUCAGGCAGCGUCGUUGUGGGAGCGGCUGCCAGCAUGAGAGAUUCAGGCGCUGCCGACAACGCACGAUCAUUGUGCGCGCAGGACUUGGAGCCAAAGACAGAGCUGGAAGAGACUCAGACCGUUUUGGUUGGUGGGGCAGCUGGAAGGGAGGGCAUUCUGAAGAGCUUCAAGGUUUCUUAUGCUUGCACAAGCUGA